AGCUUAUCAUUCUUCAUUAGAGAAGCUUGAAGCUCCUUCACCAGACGCAUGAGAUCCGAAUCGUCUUCUCCAUUUGACUAAGUUAGAAGAUCCUCUGGGUCCGCAAAUAAGUCACAGCCCAGCCAUGGAUCGAUCACUCUUAAACACACACGCUAAACUCGUGGCGCGUGACAUCCACUGCCUGACACAGUCGCCUACGGAACCCAACUCUUUCUCCCUAGUUGGCGGCAGCGCGUUCGUCUCACACGUAGAGACAGUGGGCACAAUCGUCUCUCGCGACCUGACCCCUAAGUUCCUAAAGUUCGACGUCGACGAUGGCACAGGCUGCGUCACGUGCAUCCUCUGGCUCAACCAGCUCUCGUCUUCUUACUUCUCCCGGUGGGAUCCAGCCACGAUUCUGCUCCUCACAAGGGCUGCGCGGAAACAAGCCGCAAAGAUCAGAAUCGGAGCCGUGGCUCGUGUUCGCGGUCGCGUUGGCUCGUAUAGAGGAGUGAUGCAGAUCACGGCUACUGUUGUGGUGGUCGAGAGAGACCCGAACGCGGAGAUCUUGCACUGGUUGGAGUGUUUAAGGCUCCGUCCAAGUUAUCGCAUUCAAAGUUAAUUAACUCUUCUUCUUUUUUUGGUUCAAGUCAAUCAAUAGUUAAUUAAGAGAGAUUAUUACAAGUGUCAACCCCAACUCAUGAAGCAACCAGUUUGCAAGCUUGGAUUGAUCAUAUAUACUUGAAUAUUGUGGCAAUUUUAAAUUGAGAAUGGAAGGGUAGAUUAAAACUAAAUUAUUUUCAUUAUCAACCAUAUCAGCACCUUCGACUGACACAAGUUUUUUUUUCUUCUCUAAACUGUGUCAACUACAUUGAUAUAUGCAUAUGCAGUCAAUUGUAUGAUACAAUACUUCUCUAAAUUGUCGAUGAGUCUUAUUUUCCUCUAUAUUCUUUAAAUAGAAACUGAAAAUGAUCAGAACCAACAAACAUUUUUACAAACCUAUUGGGAGCAUGUGACCAUCUGCCAUGGCGUGUCUUGAAUAGCUUUCAAGCGUGUUGUGGUGAUUACUGUUUUGGGUAGGUAUAAGCAAGUGUUGGGCAUACCUUGAGUGUGUAUGUGGUGCAUGUCUCAUAUAUAGUAACCUGACAUAAUCAAUAAUAGCUUUUUUUCCUUUCGGUCUUGGAACAUCCGAACAUGUCAUGCAUGUCUUCUUCAUCUCGAGUCUUGUGAUCAUCAUCAUCAUGGAUAAUUUAAUUGAGCUGCUGCAUCUUAACUCGUGGAUCUUGAGGAUAGAUUAUGCGGAGCUAACCGAUCUUGGUUUUGCAACGUACGUACGUAUACAUGACAUUUUUGGUUUUCGUUCCUUAGAUUAUGCCACCACCACAUCCUCUUCCCCUGCUGCUACCGAAGCCUCCUACACUGCGUCCUCCACCGCCUACUUUUCGGAUAA